AUGAAUCUGCAGGAGCAGGUUGUUGCAGCCAUGUUGGCAGCAAAGGACAGCUGGUCAUCAAGUGUCACAUCCAGGUUCCUUGCACUACGAGUCAGGGACACCACAGAGUUCUCAAUGGUGAUGGAGAAUCCGGCUGCCCUGCAAGAAAAUGUGGCCUUGCGUGGAAAAGCAACCCAGUCACAUCGUAAUCCAGACCUUUAUUCAUCUGCUUACAAUGCUAUCGAUGGAAAUCGUGAAUCUAACUACUUGGCUGGAUCAUGCAGCCACACUGUUGAACAGACCAUCCCCUGGUGGAGAGUGGACCUGCUGGAGUCCUACAUCGUCACCUCCAUCAUCGUCACCAACAGAGUGGACUGCUGCGAGGACAGGAUCAACGGGGCAGAGAUUUACAUCAGAAUUGGAAAUUCUCUUGAAAACAGUGGCAACAGCAAUCCCAGGUGUGCUGUGAUCUCAAGAAUCUCUCCAGGUUUCACUGAAAACUUCCAGUGUAACGGGAUGGAUGGUCGGUACGUCAACAUCGUCAUUCCUGGAAGAAGCGAGUACCUGAGCCUGUGUGAGGUGGAGGUAAAGAGCACGGGAACUGUUUCGGUUUUAGGUGUUUGGAAGCUUUUGUCUUCUUCGUUGAAUCAUCCGACUGUUGGGGACUCCAGAAUAAUGAAACUCAGCGUUUUGGUUCUCCUGCUCCUCCUGGAGACACGCUCAGCUUACACUUAUGAGAACGUGGCGUUGCGUGGAAAGGCGACCCAGUCAGACCGUUGGCAGGACUCGUUUGGAGCUGCUUACAAUGCUAUUGAUGGAAACCGUGAGGGUAUUUACGCUUCGGGAUCAUGCAGCCACACUGACCAAGAGACCAACCCCUGGUGGAGAGUGGACCUGCUGGAGUCCUACAUCGUCACCUCCGUCAUCAUCUCCAACAGAGUAGACUGCUGCGAGAACAGGCUCAACGGGGCAAAGAUUCACAUCGGCAACUCUUUAGAGAACAACGGUGCCGCAAACCCAGUGGCUGGUAAAAUUACUAGAACGGAUCCAGGCGAAUCAGUUACUCUGACUUUCACUGAACGUGUGGAGGGACGUUACGUGACUGUGGUUGUACCGGGUUCACAGAAAUACCUCACACUCUGUGAAGUGGAAGUCUACGGGUACCGGGCCCCGACUGGAGAGAACCUGGCCCUCGGAGGAAAAGCCUCACAGUCGUCACUGUAUGAGUUUGGCCCUGCAUAUAACGCCAUAGAUGGGAAUCCUAGCAGCAAGUGGGAGCACGGCUCCUGCACUCACACAAUGAACGACAUCAACCCCUGGUGGCGACUGGAUCUGCGCAAAACCCACAAAGUGUUUUCUGUCAAGAUAACCACCCGAGUGGAAGACUCGGACCGACUCAAUGGAGCCGAGAUCCACAUUGGAGAUUCCCUUGACAACUUCGGCAACAACAACCCCAGGUGUGCUGUGAUCACAAGUAUCCCAUCAGGUGGUGUCGAAGAGUUCCAGUGUAAUGGGAUGGACGGUCGUUAUGUCAACAUAUUCAUCCCGAGAGAAGAGUUUCUGAGUCUGUGUGAGGUGGAGGUGUAUGGCUCUCGCCUGGAUAUGAUUCUCUCAACCAGAAUAAUGAAACUCAGCGUUUUGGUUCUCCUGCUCCUCCUGGAGACACGCUCAGCUUACACUUAUGAGAACGUGGCCUUGCGUGGAAAGGCGACCCAGUCAGACCGUUGGGAGAACGCGUUUUCAGCUGCUUACAAUGCUAUUGAUGGAAACCGUGAUGCUAAAUACCCGUCGGGAUCAUGCACCCACACUGUUCAAAUGACCAAACCCUGGUGGAGAGUGGACCUGCUGUACUCCUACAUCGUCACCUCCGUCGUCAUCACCAACAGAGGAGACUGCUGCGCGGAGAGGCUCAACGGGGCACAGAUUUACAUCGGCGACUCUCUGAACAACCCACUGGUUGGUACAAUUCCUCGUGCUGGUCCAGGUGAAUCGGUUACUCUGACUUUCACUAAACGUGUGGAGGGACGUUACGUGAUUGUGGCUAUACCGGGUCCAAAUAAAAUCCUCACACUCUGUGAAGUGGAAGUCUACGGGUACCGUGGCCCGACUGGUGGGCAUUUGAGCUAUUACAUUUAGUAUGCAGUGACAUCGCACCUAUAAAUAUUUACUUGUUUUUAUAUCUUCUGGACAAUAUCAUAUUUUAUUUAAUCUAAUUUAUCCGUUUUACGGUUGUAAAGUAUGGGUUUAUUACUGCUUUGUGCUCUUUGUUAAAGCGACAGAGACCAACCUUCUUUGGUGUUAAAGUAAUUUCUGUUUCUUCUGCCAGCUGCGAUGUGAUCACAAGUAUCCCAUCAGGUGGUGUCGGUGAGUUCCUGUGUAAUGUGAUUAACGGUCAUGGGAUGGACGGUCGUUACAUCCAACAUAUUCAUCCCAAGACAAGAGCAUCUGAGUCUGUGUGAGGUGGAGGUGUAUGGCUCUCCCCUGGAUUAGGGAUGAAGAUGUUCACAAUAAAAACCAACAAUCAAAAAUCACUUCUUUUGUAAACUAUGACAGUGAUUCCAUUGAGAUAUUUCUUUAUGGCACUACUUGGUGCGUAAGUUGUAAUGUUCUUGUUAAGCUGUCACUACUUGCUGCAUGAUAAAACUGUCUGUCAUCAAUACGGAAAUACAAUUAAAUCAUUAACGCAGCC